AGUGGUCGCCAGCAGGUGGCAGCAGUGCGCGUCUCAACCGGAAACUCAAGAAGAAGAGGAAGCGAAAGUGGGAGAUGACUUUUAACUCGAUUUAAAAACAACGUUAAAACACGUCUGAGAGGUGUAAAGAACAAAGAUGAGACACUUCGGGAGAUUGAUCUGGAUCGUCAUUUAUGGCAUCAGUACAGUGAGCUGCCAGGUGAAAGUCGAGGGUUUUAUCAGUGACAGCGUCCUGCUGCCCUGCAUCUACAGAGAAGGCCCUCUACCUGACCAAUUCAACGUCCACUGGAGAGACAAAGACGACAAGAUCGUGCUGGACAUCAACAACAGAGUCCAGGACUUGACAACACAGGACCAGGUGUUCAAAGGUCGAGUGAGGAGUUUCCCUGAUGAGUACAAGGCGGGAAACUUCACUGUCGUCCUGGAGCAGGCCCGACAGUCAGACAGCGGUAUCUACGAGUGCCAUGUCCCUAAGGUGGACUUCCAGCGGAGAGUCCAACUGACCGUCGCAGGUUUGUAGUCCUGAUGACUUCACAGCUUCCUGACACAACUGAUCUACGACAAGAAUAAAUUAAAUGACAUGGUUUCAAUGUUUUGGUUGUUUAUCAGGUUAGUAACUAACCUAGUCUCAUGUUUAGCCCUAGCUUCACCACAGAGGCUUCACCACCUUCAACCUGGAGCCUCAUAUAACCUGAGCUCUGAGAACCUAUGAGUUUCAAGUUCUAGGUUCUUGUUUUGCAGCAGUACAACAUUUGCAGGUAGAUCAGUAUCGGCUCAACGCUGUAAAGUUUUAUUCCUUAGUUUACUGGCAGAUCAGUGGGGCAGCAAAAGCCUCAGGCUUUUAAUAACUCAAGGGCGCCCUCUGCUGGAUGAUGAACUACUGCAGACGCCCUGUUACACUGUAAAUUUAAAUGAAAUAAUUAAACCAUGUGUUUCAUUUAUUCCCCCAUGAGUGUCUGAAGUAAAAAUCUGGUUUUAUGUCAUGUCCCAAGCACAGACCAGAUACUUGGUGGAUACACCUGAGUUUCUGGGUCAUUAGAGUCCAGUGGUGGAGAUAACCUCUUUUAUUCUGCCUGUGUCUGCAAUGGUUUUUAAAGCCAGUCGAAUUACAAAGACUGAAAGACCCCAUUUGAUUCUGUGAGUCAAAACUUCACAAAACCACAUGUUG